GAGAUUCGCGAUUCGCUCACGCCAUGUCACCAGGAUCCGACGUUCGCUGCUGUGCUCUCGAGUGCUCCGCGAGUCCGGACUUAUAACAUGUUUCCUCGUCGGCACUCUUCCGGUCCCAUACAGGAACCCCCAAAGCAUCCUUGAAUCGCCGAGCGAAACCACCGGUGAGGCCAAGAGGACGUAGCAGACAACAGCAACGCGCCGAUUCGCUCGACAGCUCCCCCUCCCCUCCUCCUCUCUUUCGGCUGGCCGCGCUCCUCCGUUGCCCCGUUCACACACGGCAGGCUAGAUACCCGUCAUGUCGACCAUGCAAAGUCCGGUGAUUGUAGUCGAGGCACAAGCCCAGUCCUCCCAGUACCUGGAUGAAAAGGAGUCGGCGGUGAUCUCCACGGCCGAGGCUGUGGCUCCCGCACAGCAGGCGGGCCAGAACAGAUACCUCGUUGUGUCACCAUACCAUGAGCCCGAGCAUCUCCUCGAUCUCGAAACGCUCGACGGAGAGAACCGGCUCCUAGCGCUCGCGUUGACGAAGAUGAAGUGCUUGCGGGAGGACUAUGCCACCGCACCGUACAUCGAGUCGUUCAACUGGGACGAGAUCAUCGAGACCCUUCAGGCGCUCGCCCGAGAGCUCAACUAUAAGUGGAAGAAAACUGCAUUCUUUGUGGUCGUGUUCCGCUCCCGCAUUCCACCGACAACAGUGUAUGCCGAGCUGGGCACGCUGGACAAGGCUGCCCACGCAGAGGCCACGGCAAGCGGCGGCUUCCUCAAGUAUUGGUUUGGAACACCCGACGCCGAAGGCCGGAACUUGGCGACAUGUAUUUGGAGAUCCCAGGAAGAUGCGAAGAAAGGAGGCAUUGGUCCAGCUCACCGGAAGGCCGCGGGGGCAGCAAGGUCUCUGUACUCCUUUUGGAAGAUUGACCGUCUCAAACUGACGAUUGAGGACGACGUCAAGGGCUGGACCAUCACCGAUUGGGAGGAAUGAGAAAUUAGCGACUUGCCCGUCGACGUAGCCUUUGGGUUGGACGACGGUGGGGUGUGUUGUGACAAGGGGUCUUUGUUUGCUUUUCGGGCAGCGGCAGCGGCAGCAGCAUUAGCGAUAUCGAUAGAAGGCGGGCGUGAUAGUGCCUAAAACAGUGGCAAGUU